UGAGUUCUCCAGUUUAUAAGUGCCUCGGGAGCGUAAAAAUAUUGGGUUAUUUGCACAAGGAAGAAUGAUCGAAAUGAAAGAGAAGAAAUUCCUCACUGUGGCACCCUUCGAAUGUGCCUGGAGAAAGGAUUUGAAGUUUCGGGAAGCCGGCCGGGGCUGUGUAGCUUUUGAAGCUUUUGCUCACAACGAUGUUACCCUGGUGUUCCGGGAGAAUGUGGGAAGCCAGCACUACCAUUACAAAAGAGAUAAUAGUCCUCACUAUACAAUCAUAUUAGGUAGUCACAGGAAUAAGAGGUUGAAAAUUGAGGUAGAUGGGAAAACUGUGGUUGAUGUGGCGGGUGUUGGGCUUUGCUGUUCUUCGGCGUUUCAAAGCUAUUGGAUCAGUAUCUAUGAUGGGUUGAUUAGUAUUGGCAAGGGAAGAUACCCUUUUCAGAAUCUUGUCUUUCAAUGGCUAGAUUCGAACCCGAAUUGUAGUGUUCGGUAUAUUGGGCUUAGUAGCUGGGAUAAACAUGUUGGAUACAGAAAUGUGAAUGUAUUGCCGUUAACGCACAAUCAUAUAUCUUUGUGGAAGCAUGUGGAUUGUGGUGAAGUAGAAGGUGAGGAGGAUGGGGAAGAAGAACUUAAAGAUGAAUUUAUGGGCUAUGCGAACUGGGGUCUUGAGAAUUUUCUUGAGAGUUGGGAGUUAUCUGAUAUGGUUUUCAUUAUUGGUACAGAGGAAAGGCCUGUACCUGCUCACAAGGCUAUCUUGGUAGCAUCUAGUAAUUGGCCUUUGAGUUCGUCUGAAGAUGUUGUCCGGCUGCGUGAUGUAACUUAUCCAGUUCUCCAUGCACUCCUUCAAUAUAUCUACACAGGCCAGACCCAGAUUCCAGAGUCACAACUUGGUCCCCUGAGGGCCUUGGGCUUGCAUUUUGAAGUGAUACCAUUAGUGAAACAGUGUGAAGAGACCAUGGAAAGGUUUAAACUAAAUAAAAAGUUGUUUGACUCAGGAAAGAGCGUAGUAUUAUCAUAUCCAAGCAAUCGGCCCCACUGUUGUGCAACCUUCCCCUCUGGACUUCCAGUAAUUGUGCAAAAGCUCAAACAAUUGCUCUUAACGGGAAAAUACAGUGAUGUGAACAUCAAUAUCGAGGGUCAUGGUCUUGUUGCCCAGCCACAUAAAAUUGUUCUUAGUUUAUGGAGUUUUCCAUUUGCAAAGAUGUUCACUAAUGGAAUGAGUGAAACCAUGUCCUCAGAGGUUUCGUUAAGGGAUGUGUUACCAGAAGCAUUCAAAGCUAUGCUCGAGUUCAUGUAUAGCGGUGAACUUGACAUGGAGGCAAUCAUGGGUUCUGCUUCCUUAUUACUCCAACUUCUACUUUUGUCCGAUCAAUUUGGAGUUACUCUUCUCCAUCAGGAAUGCUGCAAAACACUUUUAGAAUGCCUUUCGGAGGACUCAGUAUGUCCAAUUCUCGAAGUGGUUACAUCGAUACCAUCAUGUAAACUUAUCGAAGAAACAUGCCAGAGGAAAUUUGCAAUGCACUUUGAUUACUGUACAACCGCAAGCAUUGAUUUUGUCUUACUAGAUGAGACAAUUUUUCGCAAUAUCAUUCAGCAUCCAGAUUUGACAGUCACUUCUGAAGAAAAAGUUCUCAAUGCAAUCUUAAUGUGGGGCUUGAAAGCAAAGGAAUUGUAUGGAUGGGAGAUGGUGGAUGAGCUGAUUAUAACUUCAGCCCCUAAACAGCUUUUUGGGGAAAGGCUUCAGUCAGUUCAGGAUCUGUUGCCAUUUGUGCGAUUUCUGUUACUUCCGCAUGCUUUGCUUAAGAAGUUGGAGAAGAGCAGCAUUAGCAGGCAUAUAUAUAAUUUUGAUAAUCUUGUGAAGGAGGCUAUCUAUUGCGUAGAAUAUAGAUUGGCCAGGCCAGAAGAUGGUCAAAAUGUGAGAUUUCAACAUCGGCAAUCUAGUUAUAAGGAGCUCCAAUACAUCUGUGAUGGAGACAGCAAUGGAGUUUUGUACUUUGCAGGCACAUCAUAUGGGGAACAUCAGUGGGUAAAUCCCGUUCUGUCCAAGAGAAUCACUGUCACGGCCAGCAGUCCCCCUUCAAGAUAUACUGAUCCCAAGGUUUUGGUCUCAAGAACUUAUCAGGGAACGUCUUUUGCUGGGCCUCGCAUGGAAGAUGGACAUAAAUGUGCAUGGUGGGCAGUGGACAUUGGUGAAGAACAUCAGCUUAUGUGCAACUACUACACUUUGAGACAGGAUGGGUCAAGGGCUUUUAUGAGAUCUUGGAAUCUCCAGGGCUCUCCGGAUGGGAAGACUUGGACAAACUUGGGAGUACAUGAGAAUGAGCAAACAGUGUGCAAAGCUGGUCAGUUUGCAUCAUGGCCUGUGGUUGGACCAAAUGCUCUCCUACCCUUUAGAUUCUUUAGGGUUAUUCUGACCAGCCCCACCACUGAUGUUACAAACCCCUGGAACUUCUGCAUUUGCUUCUUAGAACUUUAUGGUUAUUUCCACUAGUUUCACGGGAAUUACGUGCCUCUCUGGCUUCUGUAUCAUACCGUGUAAUAUCCGCCCCCCCCUCCCCCAAUCGUGUACAUUUGCUUUGGUUGUGCGAAUAAAGCAAGAAUAAACUCUCACGGCAUUUUAUUUAA